UCGCGAGGCGGCCGUUGGGGCGUGAGCGGCCGCCCCGUCCCGUCCCGUCCCGUCGCCAUGGAGGAGCCGCUGCUGCCCGCCCCCAUCAACCCCAACAACUUCCCGGCCAAGCUGUGGCGGCUGGUGAACAGCCCGCUGUUCCGCUCCAUCCGCUGGGACGCCAGCGGCGAGGGGCUGCUCAUCGACCAGCCGCUCUUCGAGUCCGAGCUGCUGGGCGCGGGGCCGGGCCGCGCCGCGGGGCCGGGCGGCGACGGGGCGGUAGGGGCCGGCGACCUCUUCAAGACCACCAACUUCACCAGCUUCAUCCGGCAGCUCAACCUCUACGGCUUCCGCAAGGUGGUGAUGGGGCCGGCGGGCGGAGCGGCGGGGACCGGGACCGGGCCCGGACCCGGGCCGGGCCCAGGGGGCGACGGCGGCGGCUCCGGGGGCCCCCUGCACCACUUCCACAGCCCCCACUUCCGCCGCGACCGCCCCGACCUCCUCGUCCACCUGAAGCGCCUGACGAGCGCCAACAAGGCGAAGCUGGCGGCCGGGCUGGAGGUGACGAGCCGCCCGCCCAACCGCUUCCAGCGCCUGCUCGGCACCUCGCUGCACGGGGACCUGCUGCUGCCGCCCUCGACGCCCGGCAAGGCCGACCGGCCCGGACUGCUGACUGUAGGACAGUUUCAUGGACCUUAUCAUCAAGACAGUUUAUUUCCUUACUCCUACAUAUCGGCCUCAUCCCACAACCACAGCACGUUACCGUCAAAAAGUUUAGAUCGGACUCCAGUCCCUUCCAGAACAUGGCAGAAUUCUCUUGGGUUUGUUCCAGGACACGAGGCUUCCCCAGCCUUUUCAGAUAAAGGGGUUGCCUUUCCAGUACUCCAGAGGUUUCCAACAGAGGUCACGUACACACUACAGCCCAACACCUCUCCUGUGCCGCUUCAGCAACGGUCUCAAGCCAUUGCCACUUCCCCUCCAAAAUACAGCAGCUACACAUCUUCAAUGCAGUUCUCACAAACCUAUUAUCCAACAGCUGCACUGCAGUGUUGCUCACCAACUACCCACAUAGAUCCUCUGACUGGCUAUGCUAGUCCUACAGCUUCGACGUACGCCCACUGCAGCUUUUUCCAGAGUCCUCCAAUGCAGUCGCCUUAUGCAGUUGAAUUUCUACCCUCUAACUGGCCAUGUACUACAUCUGAUGAAAACAAGAAGACAGAAGUAAGUCUCGAAGCCGUGUUUCAGAUUGUUGAUGAAAUGCAUUCAACACCUAAAGCUGAAAUGGUGAAAGUGGAACCUGUGGAGAACCAGUGUUCAAGCCCUCGGUCCAACAGAAGCCAACCACUGCUAGUUGAUACUGAGAACAGUGAUCCACCUUCUUCAAUUGAGGAGAGCCAACUGGAACCUCUUACUCCUGUAGCUUCAGACAUUACGUCAUUUGUGAUGGGAGCAGAUCAAGAAAUGACUUGUCCUCUGUCACAACCUUCUGAAUUUCUUUACACUCUCCGUACCUCUGCAUCAGUAGAAAGUGGUACAGCUCAAAUACUGCAAGAACCUGUGACCAUGCAGGAAGCACAUGCAAAACUGAGAGAACAACAAGAUCACUUCCCAACUCCAUCCUCAGUAAUGUUUGUUCAGGAAGGACAGCGGUUCAGUCCACAGAAGUAUUCACCUGAAAGCAAAACAAAAGCUAAAUGUCAAUCCAAUACAUCAGGGACAGUGGUGUCUUCAGAAGAGAUAGGAUUCCUCACUUCAGGAACUGGGCCUGUGAACAAAUCUGCAGUUUCAUCUGUACAACCUAGAAGCAGAGAGAGAAGAAACAGUACACAGAACAGCAAGUCCCCUGAUCUCCAUCUGCUGGUAGAUGUAGCUUGCAAGCAGGGGCACUUUCCAAAGGAAGAAAUAAGAGAGUGAGAAGUGGGUGACAAGUAUGUGAAAAUGUGCAGCAGCUGCCAGCUGGGUUCUCUUGUCAGACUCCAGAGGCAAUGUCUUGCACACAACAGGCACUUUGGAUCAUUUCAACUGUUUAUAAAAAACAAAACAAACAAACAAAAAAAAAACAGAACACAAAACACCACUAUAUUUUUUAAUUUCAUUCUAACUUUGUGAGGUGUUAGUCACUCCAUGCUUUUUUACACCUCUUCCAUUACAUUUUCUACCCGACAAGUUAUAAAGCGCCUAGUGGUCAGAAUAUUUAAUAUGAAGUAAAUACUUAGCCGCUCAUUUUUUUAGAUAUGGAAAAUCUGGACUUCCUGUAAACAGGAACAGCUUUAAAAACUUUUUCCAAAACUUUCUUACUGGGAAGCAAGUUGGUUUUAUUGCUGUAUUUGGAAUCUUUUUAUUUAACAUUGUUGGAAGCUACAGUGUACUCGGCACAGAUGCUGUUUGGUGCUCUCACCGUCUUCGCUUGAAGUCAUACUGUGGCUCUUUAAUGGGAAUUGUGUAUGAAACAAAAGCGCAGGAAAGUCACAAGAUUCUAGGUCUGAAUGGGUCAGGGAUUUCAGGAGAGCAGCUAUGGGAAAGAUGAGCUAAUUUUCUGAGUGAUUAACCAGGAAAUGCUCUUCUUUCCUAAACCAAUGCUCUGUUUCAGCAACAAGUGUGUCCCUUCUGGUGGGUAUCCGUUACACAUGACAGCUGCUGAUCUUUUACAUUUACGGAGAAUUGUCCUGUUUUAAUAAUUUCUUUUUGAUUCCAAUAAUAUAUGUAAUGGUAAGUUAUCUGUUGUUUUAGUACUUUAUUUUAAGUAGGUCUUACAUACAUUCUAACAUAUUAAAUCUGAUUGUAUUUAUAUUGAUAGUAUAUUUAAAGUUUUUAAUAGCUAUGCAUUUGUAUUUAUGUUAAUAUACUGUUUAAAGGAUAAAGUGGGCACAGUCUAUAUUUAUGUUAGGGAAAUACAUGUGAAAGAGCACCAAAAACAUAGAUUUAAUUGUGUCAUCUGUGUUCAUGCUUCUUUUAAAAUUAAUUAGAGCCAGUCCUUUCACACAAGAAAGAAACAGAAUUUAUCAGGACCGCCUCAGCUAUACCCUCCAGCACUUUAUGUAGCUUUUAGCUGUGGUCAGGGUGUCCUAAGUGAAUGUUGAGUGGUAGAACAAACCGGGGCAAAGCCUUUGAUUAUUCACCAGCAGUCCAAACUAGACAAAUGCAAUCUGAGGAUGCUUUUAGGUCAAGGCUAGUGGGAGUGUUACCAUACUGGUUGUCCUCAGUUUUGUUAUCCUGUAUCGUAUAUUACAGGAUAUAUGUGCAGUACAAUUUCAGUUGACAUGAAUAGUGAAGGGUUAGGUGGUUAUGUUCAAGUCCUACUUCUUAAAUGAAAGUAUAUGGAAACCAUUUGUACAUGAAUGAGAGUAUCUGGGUAGUUAAAAGGAAAAGUUUUUCAAUAACAUUGCUGCAGCUCGUCACCUAAGUUUGGUUUCAUGCCCUACAGCUGACAUGGCUUGAGACUGUUGCAUAAUAUGCUGUGGAAAUUGUGGAUGAUCUGUGUCCUGUAGGAGUUGGUGCCAUCAAUAGUAACGGGGUUUGACAGCAGCAGACUAGCCCUCACAGACCAAGGUGUAAGGAGAUGGACUUAAAAGGAUUUCAGCCUUAUCAAACUGGAGCUGCUACCUCUUUAAUUCACAUACACUACAAAGGGAACUUCUUAGCUUACCUUUCUUAUUCCUGCUUGCCACCGAAAGAUUUGACACUUUUGGAGAUUCAAGAUAGGGGAAUCUCAGGGUCUUAGAUAAUGCUCUGUUGUUCUAAAGGCAAAUUACGAAAUCUUUCAUAUUAGAAUUUUUUAAUAUGCUGAUCUAGAAAGGCUAUGGAGCUGGCUCUCCUGAUGUACAUCACUUUCAGAACACACAUGGAUGUAAGCUCCCUUCAUUCUUAAUCAGCUCACCCUGACGUAGGGAGAGAGCACAGGAGAAAGGGCACUCGCUAGCUUAGGAAAUUAGUAUAUUGCUGCACAAGGCCUCACAAGUCUCAGGUGGCCCUCUAGAUUGAAGGUCUAGCGCUUCAGCACCUUAACGUGGAUCUAGUUCAGUCAGUAAAUAAUAAAAAGUAACUUCUGUAGCAAGACCUUGUUUUUAACUAUGUUCUUGUUAAUGGGAACACAGUGCAAUUUUGUUUACCUCGUGGACGUUCUUUUAUCGUCCUGCUCAGACAGCAUGGUUGCACCAAUCUGCAAUAAAUUAAACUUUCAAACCGAAAUAUGGA